CCCACCAUUCCGUUCCUUCCCCCACCAACACGGGCCUAGUAGCCACCGCAGCAUAAACCCCCUCCUUCCCCCGCCGCCGCCACCGACAUGGCCGUCCACCACCUCCUCCGCCGCGGGGUCUCCGGCGGCUUCCCGCUCCACCCGCUCCGCGGCCUCCUCGCCUCCCAGGAGCUCGGGCGGCGUCCGUUGAGCUCGGCGGCAGGGGAUGCGGCGGCCGAGCUGAGGGGCGCGCGGGAGGACGUCAAGCAGCUGCUCAAGACCACCUCCUGCCAUCCCAUCCUGGUUCGAUUGGGUUGGCAUGAUGCUGGUACCUAUGACAAGAACAUUGCUGAGUGGCCCAAGUGCGGUGGAGCUAAUGGUAGCUUGAGAUUUGAAAUUGAGUUAAAGCACGGGGCUAAUGCUGGUCUUGUGAAUGCUUUGAAGCUGAUCCAACCGAUCAAGGACAAGUUUUCAGGUGUCACAUAUGCAGAUCUCUUUCAGCUUGCCAGCGCCACAGCCAUUGAGGAAGCAGGUGGCCCCAAAAUUCCCAUGAUCUAUGGAAGGGUUGACAUUACUGCCCCUGAACAAUGCCCACCAGAGGGGAGGCUUCCUGCUGCCGGUCCACCUUCACCUGCGGAACAUUUGCGUGAAGUAUUCUAUAGAAUGGGCCUGAAUGACAAGGAAAUUGUUGCACUAUCAGGAGCUCAUACGCUUGGACGGGCAAGACCAGAACGUAGUGGCUGGGGCAAACCAGAAACAAAAUACACUAAAAAUGGACCUGGGGCACCUGGGGGGCAGUCUUGGACAUCUCAGUGGCUAAAGUUCGACAAUAGCUACUUCAAGGAUGUCAAAGAAAGGCGGGAUGAGGACCUUCUAGUUUUGCCUACUGAUGCUGUGCUGUUUGAGGAUUCCUCAUUCAAGGUCUAUGCUGAAAAAUAUGCUGAGGACCAGGAUGCAUUUUUCAAGGACUAUGCUGAAGCUCAUGCUAAAUUAAGCAACCUUGGGGCAAAAUUUGACCCACCAAAGGGUAUCUCUCUUGAGUAGCUAUAGCAUCAAUUGCAGAUGAAAUGCAUUUUGGCGAGUAAACAAGACAAAGGGCCUGUUCGUUGUAAGCAACCAUAUGUGAAGGCUUUGCGCACAGAACUUGUUCUGGUUCUAUGACGGCUCUACAAAUUGGACUCACUGAUCAAAGAUAUUGUGCCCAGCAUGCUCUAUUUUGAGUUGUGUGCUACACUAGGAAUAAAAGCAUAUCGAUCAUUUCAGGACAAAUAUUUGUUACAGAAGAUGCUGUACUGCAUUGAGCUUACCAAAGGAUCAUGUUCCCACAGAAUUGAAGCAGAUUUUGUUUUUCUGCGUGACCUGUUUAAUUUCAUUUAUGCGAAGUUACAUGUGCAAAUCCUACGGCACUUGUACUUGAAAAUUUCAUCGAGAUAACAUGUAUCUUAUAUGUGACGAA